AUGGCACAAGUACCUUCAGAAAUUCAAGAUAUUUAUCCAAAAGAUGGAUCUCCUGUUUCAGACGCCUUAGUCAAAUCUCGACCAUGUGAUAACACACUCCUUGAGGACACAGGGCUAAUGGCUAAGGUUGAGGAAACUGCUUUUCAGCUUUUGUGUCAGCAGUCCCUGAUAACCCAUCCAUGCUGUGCACUUUGUGUCAAUGAUCCACAGGAAGAUAGUGAUUUUUUUUCUUUGACCUUUCCCAAGAAACUUUGGAAAAUAGUAGAGAGUAACAAAUUUAAAUCUGUCUGUUGGGAUGAGGAGGGAACGUCUAUUGUGAUUAAUGUGGAGCUUUUCAAGAAAGAAGUUUUGGAAAGAAAGCCCCCAUUUCGAAUAUUUGAAACCAAUAGUAUGAACAGCUUGGUUCGACAGCUUAAUCUUUAUGGAUUCAGUAAAGUGCAGCAGAAUUGUCAAAGAUCUGCUUCUUUGGAUGACUUCAUGGCAGAAGAAAAAGAAGGCUCAGCUAAAUUCAAGUUCUAUCGUAAUCCAAAUUUUAUACGAGGCCAUCCCCAUCUGUUGUUGAGAAUGAAAAGAAGAGUUGGAGUUAAAAAUGCUUCUCGAGCAACUGCUUCAUUGGUUCCAGAAUUCAACUCUACCCUCAGAACACAGAAUAACAUAGAUAAACACAACUGUGGUUUAGUUGAUGAAGCUAGGGAACAAAAGAAGGGCAAUUUAGCUGCUGAGGAGAAUGUGCAUUCUGUGUUGAAUGUGCAUUGUGUUAAAUGA